AUGACGUCCUCAUCACAAGUUGUCCUACUCUUGUUGUCCUUGGUAGCCUAUGCGAUAGCCAAUAAGGUCAUACGCUGGCACCGCUGCAGAGUGUUUGCCGAAAAGAACGACUGCAAAGAGCCCCACGGCAUCUCGGGCCAUGGACCACUUGCUUUCCUCGAUGGUUGGUGGCGCAUAGGCCGCGUUCAGAAGAUGUUGGAGACCGGCGAAGAUCUAUUAGACGACAUCUUCGCAGACCAGUUCAAGGAUGCCAAUACCAUUGAGCAGACACAAUUUGAAGGGUCGAAAUUGCUGGCCACCAUCGAGCCCGCCAAUAUCCAAGCUAUGCUGGCAACACAGUUCAACGAUUUCGGCAUUGGAUCGAGAAGAAUCAAUAUGUUCUAUCCUUUACUAGGCAACUCUAUCUUUUCAAGCGAUGGCCAGUCCUGGGCACACGCGCGGGCUUUGUUCCGGCCUCAAUUCAGUCGCGAGCAGAUCAACGAUCUCGAUGAAACAGAGAAUGCCUCACGAGCUCUCAUCAAUGCCAUCGGACCCGUCGACAGUGCUGGAUGGACCAAUGGCACUGAGUUGCAACCACUACUAUACAGCUUCACGCUCGACACCGCGACGUCCUUCCUGUUUGGAGAAUCGCUCAACUCUCUUUCCAGCCAUAGCGCAGACCACGACAGCGCCGUACAGCAGUCCAACCAACAGUUUGCAGCAGACUUUGAGCUGGCUAGUGUAUACAUGAUCUGGCGUAUCCGGUUGCAAGCCUUGUAUUGGGUCAUGGACGGCAUCAAGCUGCGUCAAGCAGCUGGCAGAAUCCGGCGCUUUACCGAACGCUUCGUUCAAUCAGCUCUCGACUCAAGCACCGAUGAAAAGUCCUCGUGCAGAAGAUACAACCUCCUCUCCGCGCUCGCAACCCAGACACAAAACAAGACAGAACUGCGUAACCAGACCCUCGCCAUCCUCGUCGCAGGUCGCGAUACCACCGCUGGCUUGCUAGGAUGGUGCUUCAUUCGCCUUGCUCUUCACCCUCACAUCUUCACCAAGCUCCGCUCCAUCAUUCUCUCGCAAUUCCAGCCAGAUGAACCCAUUACCUUUGCCAGCGUCAAAGGCUGCAGGUACCUGCAACACUUCCUCAACGAAGUUCUACGCCUACACCCAAACGUUCCCAUCAACAGCCGAGAAGCACUGAAAGAUACAACACUCCCAACAGGCGGCGGCCCAGACGGCAAGGCUUCCAUUGCGGUCCCGAAGGGUCGCUCUGUCACGUUCAGUGUAUACCUCAUGCAUCGACGAAAGGACCUCUGGGGUGAUGAUGCCCUUGAGUUCAGACCUGAAAGGUGGGAACAGCGGAUCGCUGCAUGGCAGUAUCUCCCAUUCUCGGGCGGACCGAGGAUAUGUAUCGGUCAACAGUUUGCGCUGACGGAAGCGAGCUAUGUCCUCAUCCGAAUGCUGCAGCAGUUUGACGCAAUUGAGCCAGUGGAUCGUGCUAAAAUGGCGAAGAUGCGUAAGCAAAUCGGUUUGACAAUGUGGCCUGGUGAUCAGGUGCACGUGAGGAUGCAUAAGGCGUAG